ACAGGUGAGCAUCACAUAGACAAGAGCUGGACUAACAAGACCGGACACACAUCAAGGCGAGACACAAGCGCAGAAAUGAAGUUCAACCCUGCUCCCAUCGUCCUCUUGGUGGCGCUGUCCUGGAUGUCUGCCCAGAUCAGUGUAACCACACCAACAACAACCGCAACAACCAUGAACACGACCACAAUGAUGAACAUGAACACGACUAUGACCCCGACCAUGAACAUGACCACGGCUAUGACCCCGACCAUGAACAUGACCACGACUAUGACCCCGACCAUGAACAUGACCACGACUAUGACCCCGACCAUGAACAUGACCACGACUAUGACCCCGACCAUGAACAUGACCACGACUAUGACCCCGACCAUGAACACGACGAUGAACAUGAACACGACCACAACUAUGACCCCGACCAUGAACACGACCACGAUGAUGAACAUGAACACGACCAUGAUGAUGAACAUGAACACGACCACAACUAUGACCCCGACCAUGAACACGACCACGAUGAUGAACACGACCAUGAUGAUGAACAUGAACACGACCACGACUAUGACCCCGACCAUGAACACAACCAUGAACAUGACCACGAUGAUGAACACGACCACGACUAUGACCCCGACCAUGAACACGACCAUGAACAUGAACACGACCACGAUGAUGAACAUGAACACGACCAUGAACACGACCAUGAACACGACAACGACAACUGUGGCUAGCAAUACAACAAUGGCGCCAACUAGCAACAACGGAACAACUGCGAUGGCAAUGAACACAACCACAAACAAUGCUACCACGAUGGAGUCAAACAUGACAACAGCAACUACUACUGCUCCCCCAAUUGUGGCCAACACAGAAGUCACGGAACUUCCGAGCAACAUUAGCAGAGCAGAUUGUCGAACGGAGAAGCUGUGUGCUGCCGAGCCCGCCGAAUGUGACCCCGAGGUUCCUGGGUCUUGUUUCUUUGUCGGAGUAAGACAAAUAAGUGGCCGUAACAUCGACUUUGAGGUGUCUGGAGAGACCGACGGCUAUGUGGGCUGCACUCUGAGGCCAACUGGAGGAAACGAGACUGCAUACUUGUGUGUCAAAAGCAACAACAGACUGAUCUUCGUCGGAGCUUCAAUCUCUAAUGGCAGAAUCACAAAUCGAACGCUGCCAGUGAACAACGUGAGAGCGAAGAUGAACGGCAGAAAGAUCCAAUGCAUUUUCUCUGCCACUGUGCCCAAUGCUACAGCCAGAGCAGCAGACACCACCUUUGAACUGUCUGUGGUGAACGGAGAAUUCAACUCUACCACAGGAGAGUUUGGUGCUCCGGUCACACAGAUUAGAACUGCGCCGGUGGAUCUGACCAACACAACAGCUGACACCAACAACACAGUGUCCACCAACUCCACCUCUCCACCCACCACCAGUACUGCAACUGUGCCCCUGCAGUCUAUGUCCAAAGCUCUCCUGAUCGUCCUGGGUGUUCUGAGUCUGGCCUGGCUGUGAAGAACCACACACCUCCUUCUUGAGACAAACUAAAGCGAAAACCAAAGCUAAUCACAAAGCUACAUGCAAAACAUUACACAAUUUAAAAGAUGAAUCAAAUUUGGACAUUUAUCCCUAUACUUCCUGGUGUACCAAAAGCAUUGUUAUACCACGGGCUGGGCACCAUUUACAGAUUUACAACUGGUAGCAAAUAAAUAUUGGUACUGAAAACUGGUAAAAGGAAAAAAAAGUUAUUUUAACGCCACAUUUUUUCCCAAAUCAAAUCAGACAGUUACUAUGCAAUGCAACUACAAAUAUGAAAAUUACUGGUUCUGCUGGUUUAUAAACGUAACCACUGUCUAAAACCAUAAAUAGAAUAAGUUUAACAGCAAAGAUACCAAAGAUACUGUGUAUACCAGAUAUUAAUGAAGUACUGCUACACAAAAGAUGCAAAUAGCGUCCAGCCCUAUAAAAUGUGUGCAAUAGACUGUAUUCUGAAGCUUUAUUAAAAUACAGUGGUGUUGAAUUACCACAAGACAUGAAAGGCGAGAAGGCGUGGCUAACGUCCCUUUUGUGUCUGAAAGGGAAGAAGACGCUUAUGAUGGUUACUAUGGUUACUCAAGAAUGAGACAAGCUGGAACCUGUCUUAUGACCUAAUACUCUCAGGACAAUGUUUUCCCAUAGACUUCAAUAGAAUAGCUGUAACAUGCAACUCCCACUGGUUUAAAACAAUACAAGACACCAUCACACUCUCAUGCACUGAGAAAAAGUAUCAGAGCCUUUUUGGGUUUUAUUACAAACUGGUUUUAGUCGUAGGAUCUGGCAAAGAGCUCAUUCUUUCCAAAACAUGUAAAAAUGCGCACCUUUUACAUCGUAUAGUUUAGAUUCAUUGUGUAUAAAUCAAGAGAAUAAUUAUCAGUAAAAUGCAUAUUUGUUUACUUCACAUCUGAGUACUGACAUAAAAAUACUACAUAGAUACAUUCAAUUUUAUACCUGAAACUAUGAAAAAAUAUAAUAAUAAGUAAAUCUGUCAUUUCAACAUUUUUAUAAUCAUUUACAGUCAUUCAUUAGCAGAGCCUUCAAAUUUUUAAUAUGAGUUUUUUUUUUUUUUAAGUCUAUGGGUAAAAUAAUCUUUUACACAUGAAUUUCCAUAGAGCACUUAAAGUAACCAGGGCCUCUGCUAUAAGCCAUUCUCUUUUCAUUUAUAUUAUUUUGUCAUUUUUGUGUUUUUGUUUUUCACUGAAAUGAUGCCCGUGAGGGCAGACUGUAUUCUCUUAUUUAACAUGAAGUUUAUGUGUGUGAAUGAAAGUUUAAAUAUAUAUUUUAUUAUGACGCCUGUUUGGGCUGAUAAAUAUGAGUGUGUAGUGUGUGUGUGUGUGUGUGUGUGUGUGACUGAAAACUGAAUGCUACAGAUUAUAUCUUAUUGUUUUCCUUGAACAGAUUUUUGCACAUUGCAGCUGUUACACUGAAAUUGUUAUCAAUAUUUUUUUGAAAUAAAAUAUUCCCUGAAA